AUGGCCCGAAAAGCUGGUAACGGGUGCAUCACCUGUCGCAUACGUCGUGUCAAAUGUGACAUGGCAAAGCCCGUCUGCCAACGCUGUUUAACUGGCAAACGAAAAUGCGAUGGUUAUCUCCCAGAGAACUCGACAAUAACACGUCGUCAACUCACUGAGAUAGCUUGUCGCAUCUCAGUCGUGGGGCCCAUUUCACAAGCUCUGUGCCAGUAUCCCAUAAGUGAGGGCACCAAAUCGACGAACUUGACGCUUUUCGACGUGUUUCGCACACUUACGGCACCUUCGACGGCCUCAUUCAUACCGUCGCAGUUUUGGACGAGGGAGAUUCUUCAGUUGGCGCAUAGUGAACCUGCGGUAUGGCACGCUACGCUUGCGCUGGGAGCUAUUCAUCAAAGACAUGAGUUGUACUUCCAAGGUUGCAAUGACAAGAGCGAGGAGAUGUGGCUCGAGGCAAACGUGAGCUAUGGACGCGCCAUAUCUUGUGCACGACAAGUGAAGGAUCCCGCCAGGUUGCUAUCGCUGUGUCUUGCUCUCGUAUCCAUCGCGCAUCUCAUAGGGCGCUGGUCUGAUAGUCAGGUGCACAUUAUGGCUGCUCAUAGAUUAUUGAACCAAGCAGGGUACAGCGUUGAGACCUCGAGCGCAGCUGAGAUGCUGACACGGUUGGAUCUCCAUGCCAUGACAUUCUCCGACUCAAGCGCGCCAUAUCCUUAUAAGAGCGUUCCUGUGAGAGUAUGGAUCGAUGAAGAUAUGCAGCGCAUUGCUGGCUUUGAGAGCUAUGCACAAGCAGGAACCGCCUUGUUUGGAGUUAUGAGGAGACUCAUGAUGAUGGGCCAGAAAGCAUACGAUAAAGAUCAAGCAACCAUGGGUGAAAAUUACGACAUGUUGGCGGUUACGAAGAGAGAUCUUGCAUCUUGGGAGUACAAGAUGGCAGAGUUUGAGAGGAACCACGCCAGUUCGCACGAUCAGAGAGGAGCAAUUUCCAUCAGGCUUUAUCACACUCUCAUGCGUACGUUUCUUGCGGGAGGUGCAUUCGGACCAGAAAUGCGGUGGGAUAAUCUUGUUGGUCUUUACGAAAGGAUCCUCACACUUGCAGAGACGCUAUGCGCCAACACACAGAGCUUCCACGUCAACUCACCUUUAUCCCUCGAACCAGGCGUCAUUGUACCAGUCUUUAUGGUUGCUCAACGCUGUCGUCACCCAUGGCUGCGUCGUCGCGCAAUUACACUUCUCUGCAAGCUCAAACGACAAGAAGGCAUGUGGUUGAGCGACGGGGCAGCAGCUGUGAGUAAGAAGAUAAUGGAACUUGAAGGGCAGACGUAUUUCAAAAGUGACCUUGGCAAUGAUGAGGAGAAUGCAUCUUCCGUUCUUGUUUCGGGGGAUAUUCCGUGGGAAGCGUGGGCGAAUGUCAAUAUUGAGGAUUUACCUGCCAGGACCAGUUGGGCGGGUAUCGAGAGAGUUCCUGAAGACAAGAGGAUGCGUGAGACGAUGGUGAUGGUUUUUACCGAGGAGAGAAGGAUUGAAUUAUCGCUUAUAAUGAGUGCUGGGGAUGAAUUGGGAUCAUAUGGUGAAGUACGGACAGAAUCGAUAACAUAUUAA